UUUCACUGGCUACGUCGUCCAAGUUGCUGCCCUUGUUUAAUUUAAUUUCCCUCUGUUGUUUCUUUCUGUUGUAGAUUCCUCAUUGCAGUUGCAUUCUCUGUCCUGUCUUCUUUACACUGUCUCUUCUUCAAACCAGUCAAUCCUCUUGACGCCGUGGACGUUCUCACAAAUCGUUGUAAUUUCAUCCGCAUUCUUGUUUGUGAGAGAUUCCAGUCUGGCAUAAGGCAGCUGCACGAUGUCGCUGAGUAUCCUCCUGCCUUUGGACGUGUUGCCUGCUGGGGCAUUAUGAGUGGAUUUACGUGAGGUAUUAGUUACUGAAGUUUUGGUGUAAUCUCGACAAGUGUUUUGUUUUGUUUUUUUCCUCGAACUUCUCUCUUUUGAGAAUUGGUUUACACUGUCGAAAUAGGAAAGAGCUUAUUCAGAAUGACAAAUCAAGAAACCUUCACGAUUGAAACGUCCUCUAUCUUUCUGGAUGCGUCGAGAUCCUCCUCGUUCCACCGCUCUUGUUCUUUGAUGUUUGAAGACGACGAAUCGAACCGAAGAAACUUUCCACCUUCGUUGUCUGUUACAACUCUGGAUAUCCACCUCGUUAGUGCUCAACCUCAGUGUGAUGUCUCUGCACACACAGAGUCUUCGAGUGAUCUUCUUUGCAGGAACGCUACGCCAGAUUUUCCUGCUUGCCCGACGCUUUCAUCCCAACGCCUUCACAAGAUCGAUGACGUCAAUGGUAGCAAAGAGUCGGUGAUCACUAGGACAGGGAAGUGCCUGGAGAAGCUCAGGAUUUUCGUAGGGUUUGACUCUCGUGAGGAAAUCGCGUAUGAUGUGUGCAGGCAUUCAAUCCUCAGGCAUGCCACUAUCGACGUAGAGAUUAUUCCUCUAAAGUUGCAGAACCUCGUGGAACAAGGCCUCUACGCACGCUCUCGGGAAUCCACGGAAAGUACCGAAUUUUCCUUCACGAGGUUUCUGACGCCAUUCCUUGCAGGUUUCGAGGGCUGGGCAGUGUUUGUUGACUGCGACUUCCUGUACACGACUGAUGUGCGGGAGUUGGCUGAGCUUGUUGACGAUCAGUUCGCUAUUAUGUGCGUAAAACAUAAUUACACUCCUAAGGCGACAGUCAAAAUGGAUGGGGUUGUACAAACUUCUUAUCUUCGCAAGAACUGGUCUUCAAUGGUGCUGUAUAAUUGUUCACAUCCAAAGAACAGGGUGCUGACCCCGGAACUAAUCAAUUCUGAAUCGGGCGCGUUUCUUCACAGGUUUAUGUGGCUAGAGGAUGUAGAGAUCGGCGAAAUUCCUUUCACUUGGAAUUUCUUAGUCGGCCACAAUGAAGUUCCUGACGGGGGAGCAUCGUUACCCAAGGCUAUCCAUUUCACAUGCGGGGGGCCCUGGUUUGAAGCCUGGAGAGACUGCGAGUUUGCCGAUUGCUGGCUGAAGGAAAGAGACGACUAUUUGAAGACACAAACUUCUUAACACUUGUGAAAAAGGAGCAUGAAACGACGAAGAAAUCACUCUGAUGGGGGAAAAGUAACGAAACAAAGCAAUAUUCAUAUAUUUCACCGUCUAAAUCGAAGAGUUGUUUCCUGUGUCGUGCAGACACAUACCUAUUCGUCAAUGUGAACUAGAGGCGCCUCUGGUGUGUAACCUAAAAGGCCGGUUUAGUUUUCAAUGUAUUCCAUCUCCUUAAAAUCCAAUAUUUUUUAUGAUUCAACGUCGAGUUAGACUAUCCCCUGUGCUUGAUCAGCUUUGAUUGAAGCCUACUCCUCCUAAGUCCCCACAUUCGCAAAUGCCUGGAGGCCAUGUUGCUACGGCCACAUCGAGAGUCGCUUCAACUUUCGUUGACCUACGUGAGUGUAGGUUGACGUGAAUCUGGGGCAGACAUCCUCCUAUCCUGUGGUUGAAUCGAGGGUUCAUGGCUUUCUUUGAUAAUAUCUCCGACUUAAACGAUGUUCUAUUACCUCUACAUUUAUUAAAAAUUUUGCUAUCACCUUGAUUCAUUCAUUUU